AAACCUUAAACUAUCGACCGCUCAAUUAGGUCACUUUAUUACCAGAAACGGGAACACGGAAAGGAAUCGAGAAGAGAUCGAGAGGGAGAUUUGAGGUAAAGGUGGUGAAAGGAGAGAAAUGAUCUAUCGUAACUGGUCUCUGCUGUCGUCUACCGUGGUGAUAUGGGGAGGCGUCGCCACCGCUGGACUCGCCGGGACUUUCCUCUUCGGCAGUAAAGAGAAGUUUCAACGGUACUUGAACUGCGAAGGUGAGAGGCUCCGACUACAUGAGAGGGCCAUGAUCAAAGCAAACCAAGCCAAUUGAGUUAAUGAGGCUGAGGAGAAUAUCAUCUGGUUGCCAUUUUGCUUUCUCCUAUUCUAAGUUUCAAGUGCAAUAAAUGUCGUUACAAACUUCCAUUUGUAAUUUGGUUUUGGGGUGUCACCCAGCAAACCAAGAUCUUCAAUUGUUCUCAAAUUAAAUCUUGUGAUGUUUUUGAUUGUGAUAUUUUGGCAUCCGAAGCUUAUUUUUAAUACCUGAUGUUUCGUAAUAGUUGUUUUUUGUUUCGGAACACUAACACUCCGGCUGUCAUUCACCACUCCUAGUGCCUUCUUUUGCUCCAGCCUUUAUUCCCAGGAUGUCUAUUUCUACCAGCAUUUCUUUGAAGAGAUCCUUAUUGAUUUCAAUGGGACUUCUAACGAGCAUUCUAUUCUGCCAAACAGCAAUUUGAUUCCUUUCCUUAGUGCUAAAUAAAGCUUGUAUUAAAUUCUUGUUGUCUAUUUCCUGGGAUGAGAACCAUUUAUUGGGUUAGGCCCUCUUCAAAUCAAUGCUCAAAUGUUGUAGCAUCUCCUUAGAAUAAUUCUACCUCCACAUUAUUCUGAUUUAUCUCUUUUAAGUGGAGCAUCAUCACCAUCUUCUCUGUGAGGGUGGUCAGGUCCAGGAACAACUAUGAGUGCCAUGAAGUUUUGUUGCGAAUGCAACAAUAUCUUGUACCCUAAAGGAAACAGGCAGGAAAAGCUCCUUCUCUAUGCUUGUCGCAACUGCGAUCACCAGGAGGUCGCUGACAACAACUGCGUCUACAGAAACGUGGUGCAUCACUCUGCAGGCGAGUUCAUGCAGCUCUUGCCGGUUGUGGCAGCUGAUCCAACACUUCCUCGCACGAAAUCCGUGAGGUGUGCAGUUUGCGAUCAUCCAGAAGCCGUGUUUUUCCAGGCUAUGUCUCGAAGCGAGGAAGGAAUGACGCUGUUCUUCGUGUGCUGCAACCCCAACUGUGGCUACAGGUGGAGAGAUUGAUAAUACGUUGGCAUGGAGUGAUUUGUAGAUGAUUAUCAAAACUAAUUAUUAAUGAGAACACUUCUCUGUGUUUUUUUCUA